AUGGAGUGUAAUGUGAAGGAAGUUCAAAAACUCAUCGAUCAAGGAGCCGAUGUUAAUAUUGAAGGAGCCAUUGUUGAUAGUGAGGAUAAUCUCCAUGAGACACCUCUUCAUGCAGCUGCUCUCAAAGGUCAUAAGAAUGUUGCUCAACUUCUCAUUAGUAAAGGAGCUAAUUAUGAAGAGAAAAAUUAUAGGGAUGAUACAGCCCUUCAUUUAGCUGCUUCUAAUGGUCAUGGGAGUGUCGCUGAAUUUCUCAUCCGUAAAGGAGCCAAUACUGGUAUUAAAAAUAAUGCGAAUCUUACACCUCUUCAAGUAGCUGUUAACAAUGGUAAAGCUGACUAA